AUGCAGUUCAAGAACAUCAUCUUUUCCGCCGCCCUCUUGGCCAUGGUCAGCGCUGCUCCUAUCGGGGACGUUCCUUCUACUGAGGCUGUUCACAGCGAUGCCACUGGUACUGCUGCUGAACAUGCUGCCGCUCAACCUGUUACCACCAAGGACUUUGCUGCUCCUGAGUUCAACUACAAAAACUGUGCCGACAUCCACAAUCAAGUGAAGGAGGGAUCUUUCGCCACGCCUGAUCCUACCAACCAGCAUCAGGAUUUCAUCAAUAAGUGCAACAGCUGCUUAACAUCCUUCGGUAAGGCCAAUCCUGACUACUGGUACGCCGUGCCAGAGAGUAGUCCGGAGUUCCAGCAUUUGGAGGAUGAGUUCGCGGUUUGCAAAGAGGAUGGCAAUCUGGAUGCCAGAGAUACCGUCACCGGCCUCCCCACGACUGUCGACCCCAAGGUCGAGGCUCCUAAGGCCCCCGAGACCCCCAAGGCCGAUCCCAAGGUCGAAGCCCCCAAGAGCGUCAACGCCAAUGAUGUUACCGGUACCGCCGAGACCCCAUCCGUCGAUGCUGCCAAGAACCCUGUUAAGGUUCCCGAAGUCAAGGCUCCUGGAGCUUAA